AUGGCAGAAUCCCGCUCCUCAAUAACCCCCCAAACGAACCCCCGCGGCAUCCCCGUCGCCCCCUUCGUCGACAAUGUCACCGACUACGUCUCCACCCGCGCCGACGUCGAAAAGACGCUCCGCAACUUCCAAGAGAUGAUCUCCAAGUACCAGUUCAUGGAGGUGAACGCACAGAACCGCGCCGUCGGCCUGCGCGACAAGAUCCCGGACAUCAAAAAGACGCUGGAGAUGGUGUCCUUCCUCAAGCGCCGCCGCGACGCCUCCGCCGACCCGCUCGAGACCAGCUUCGAGCUCAACGACACUCUCUACGCCCGCGCCGCCAUCCACCCGGACCAGACCGACGAGGUGUACCUCUGGCUCGGCGCGAAUGUUAUGCUGGCGUAUCCGAUCGCCGAGGCGGAGACGAUGCUGCGUGAGAAGCUGGCCGCCGCGGAGCUGAGUCUGGCACAUUGUGAGGAGGAUUUGGAGUUUUUGAGGGAGCAGAUUACGACUAUGGAAGUGGCCACCGCUAGAGUCUAUAACUGGGACGUCAUGCAGCGGCGGAAAGAAAAGGCCGAAGGUAAAGGCGACGAGGACGAGACGGAGACAAAAUAA